UUAUUUAUCUCCCCUGGUCUAAAGUCUAAACUCCAAUGAUCAAUCACCAAUAGCCUGGUACCAGUUGGACUUUCACUCCCACCGCCCUUCACCGCCGCGUAACAGUAACACCACUUAAAGCCGCCGCUGCCUCCCCGCACUAAAGAAGUUACCGGCAUUCGUGUCGUUGUAUCACUCACGCGCCGAUGCAGCGCGUGUAUAACUGACUCUCAGUUUGCAACAAAACAUUUCUUACCAAACUAAAGAAAGUAACAAAGUGAUGCAAAAAUGCCAAACUUCUCUCUUAAAACCUCUCUCUCAUUCUUCAACUCUUUCUCUCCCCCUACCCCACCUACCCCAUUCCCCCUAAUGCCCUUGUUCUGAAGCUUCUCUUAUUAAAGUUCACCUUAACUCAACUGGUUUUUUUCUCUCUCUAGAAAAAAACAGACGCAUCAAUGGAAACCUUAGCAAAACCUCAAGAAUUUAGAAACCCAUGUCUUAUUUCAUCCCCAGAUAGCCAUAGCUCCAACAGUUCAAGCUGUAGCAAUAGCGGCAACUCCAAUGGUCUUCACCACCGCUACCCUACACCGCCCACCACCCCAACACCUGCUACUCCGCCAGCACUACCACCACAACUACCCAUCACCAGAUCCGAACCCAACAACCCGUACCCGACUACCUUCGUCCAAGCUGAUGCUUCCUCUUUCAAACAGGUAGUUCAAAUGCUUACUGGGUCCUCUGAAACCGCCAAGGUUGCAGCUACUCCGGGUCGGGCUGAGCCUGUUAGACAUCAUAUCCCGCCCAUUAAAACCGGGCCCAAGAAGGAGAAAUCCAGUUCAAAGCUGUAUGAGAGAAGGAACAGCAUGAAGAACUUCAAAAUCAGCCCAUUGGGCCCUGGGGUUGUGAAUAAAUCCGUUUUCUCUACUGGGUUUUCGGGUUCCCCGAGAACUGCGACGCCGGAGAUUUUGUCGCCGAGCAUUCUUGAUUUUCCAUCGCUGGUGCUUAGUCCGGUUACUCCUCUCAUACACGACCCGUUUAACCGGUCACCGCACAGUGGUGGUGUCAGUGUGAGUAGUGAGAAUUUGGAUUUGGAUGCAGAAGAGAAAGCAAUUGCAAAAAAAGGGUUCUUUUUGCAUCCGUCGCCGGCGACUACUCCGAGGGAAUCGGAGCCCCGACUUUUGCCUUUGUUUCCGGUGACUUCCCCUAGAGUCUCAGGUUCCUCUAAUUCUGAUUCUUAAAUGUGCUUUCUUUUUUUUUCCCCCUUUUUUCUAUUUUUGAGCUUCAUCUUAUGUAUGAUUUCAUAUAUAACCAACAUAGAAUGUGAUCUGGAAUCAAGGUGGAAGCCAGAUGUUGUCAUAUAUUUGUGUUGGACAAUUUGGAGAAAUGAGAAAAAAUAUAUAUGAAAUGGGCAGCAACCUUUUACUUCUA